AUUGUUGCCGAAUGCUCUGGUUGCCCGGCAGAUAUAGACUGCAACAUCUGUGGCAAGUCUGCAGGGGCAUGACCCUGAUGCAACCAGCACCACGAACGUCAGCCGCCUCGCGAUGCACAAUUUGCUCGUGCUAUGACACGUUGUGCUGGCGCUGUCAAAGUGCUUCGUGUCAGUGAGUGGGAAGGCACUGGGACUGCGUCCUUCCAGAAGGGGCAGCCGGACCCCGCAGCGGAGACAAUGUCCUCGGGGAUGGUUUUAGUUGUCGCGGCGGCGCGCCGGUCAGCAAAAUUUCUUGGCCAUAUUAGAGAGCCGCUGAUAACCGUGCGAGUGAUUCCUGAAGUCACUCACUGGCCGGCUUGUUGGAAACGACCAGCCACACAACGAGCGCUGCACCUGCAGGCCCCGUGCAUACACCCAUCGACAGGAUCUGUAGACUGGCUCUGAUGAAGCAAGCGACGAUCGUCCGCCACGCUCUCGCAAAAACGCUGCUUGCGUGAGCUUGCCCUCCCACGCACGCCGGGGAGGCCCCACCGCCGAGCCCAUCCGCCACCUUGGAGCAGGGAGAAGCGCUUCGAUACUGU